GCCAAGAUAAAAAGCCUGUGAACAGAGAUUACAGUCAGUGACAGCUUUCGCUUUCCCAGUAACAGGUGACCAGCAUUUUCCGUAGACGGUCAAGAAGAAAUAUUUAUUUCCAAGAUGUCGGGGCUUCUGUUCGUCUUCCUUAUUGUGGCUGUCUCGGCCCAGUUCCUCCCCAUCUUCCAGGGGGACUACGAGAACACAAUCGGCGGGUACAGAUUUCAGUUUCACGACGAAACCCACCUGCUGAUGAUCAUGCACAGCCUGGACUGUUACAUCACUGAUGUCCCAGCCGGGUCGGACCUUGAGAAGAAGCUAAUUGAUCCCACCUCCCGUAAAGCCUUCUAUGCUAAAGUGAUUCCAGUGAUCGAGGCUGGCAACGAUAUGACCCACACGACGCUGGACAAGGUGCACUCAAAGUAUAACGAUAUGCUACUGCGGGCCCUCUGCUACAGGAGCGAGAUGUUCAACCUCGACCUUGCAAACAUCGUCUGAACCGUCCACUACAUAAUAGUCACCAUGUCUCGCUUUGAUACAAGUUUUGAUAAAAUUAUUUAAUUAUUAAAA